AUGUCUUCUCAUCCCGCGACUGAGUCAUCUCCUCUCCUCGCUCCUUCUGUAUCACCUACGGAGCCACCAGUCAGUGAUAGUAUUCCGGCUCCGACUACCAGAGCAAGCAAUGUGAUCGCAUACGAUGUCUCUAUCGUCGAUCCGCAAAAUUCCACCCCUAUCAUCUUUUAUGAUGAUGACCCAAUUACCAUGAUAUACAAAGAUUUCUGGAUUCUUUUGAAGAACUGGAGAACGUUACCUCUUGUACUCUAUCCAGCCCCUAAGCCAGGUAGAGACAUCACCAACAAAGGUGCGGGACUUCAAGCACUCCUUGUUGUAGUCUCUAUUAUCCUCACCGCGCUCUGUCUCCUCUCUUUUUUCAUCGGCAUGCCACCACCAGUCAUCUCGGUAUCGAUCCUUUGCGCUUGGAUCUACGGAUUCAACGCCUAUGCUGGAAAAGAAAGAGUAACAUAUCAAGACGUUGUAGGCGAUGACAAGGAUGAGAAGGAAGCUUGGUUAUUCGUGAAUGGUAUCGGAACGUCUCGCUCUGGACUCAAGCUUAUUCUCGAUGACUUCUACAGACUGUUUGGCCGCCGUGUUACCGGUGUUCAUAAUCGAACAUUUGGAGUAUGGUUCGACCUGGUGGAAUGUACCUUGCAGCGAGAUCUAACCUGGAAUACGACUGACACAAGAGAAGGAUAUAAUAUCAUCGCCAAACAUGUCGCUGACGGGACUAAGGAGAAGAUCGUUUUAAUCGCUCAUUCUCAAGGUGGAAUUAUCAUGUCGUCCUGGGCGGACCAACUUCUCGCAGACUUCUCGUACCAACAACUCAAAAAGGUGGAGAUUUACACAUUCGCUUCUGCCGCCAAUCAUUUCUCUAUCCCGGAAACCGAACACGGACCCGCUUUUGGAUGCGUUGAGCAUUUCGUGAACGAGAAAGAUUAUGUUUCGGAUAUCGGUCUGCUGGCGUUCACACCUCAGCCCCCUCGUGGUCUUGAGCCCAAUGCUUCCAAUGUUCCCAGACUUAGUGGUCGUUUCGCAGGUAGGAUAUUCAAAAGAUUAAACCAAACAGGUCACCUUCUUCUUACCCACUAUCUGGCCCCUGGUAAUUCCAUACUCGAUGACCCUGCAGUAAUAGCGCACAGUAAAUUCGCAAGUUACCUUCUAUCUCCGGAAGAGAAAGAAGCAAGAGAUCAAGGACAGCAACACGGUGAAGCUCAAGCCCAGAUCCCAACAAAGUCUGGAAGUCGCCAAGAUUACCGCGCAAACGACCAAACCCAGGUCCCUCUUCGAGCUGAAGGACCUUCGAUCGCUUCGACCAAAUAG